AUGGCAUGGCAACGUCGUCACCGCGGACUGGACGCCAUUGUCACCGUCGCUUGCUUCUUAGCGACCAUCUCGCUGUGCUCAGGCGGAAUACCGUACAACGUGACGAUCGCGAGCGUGACGCUGUUCCACAAGUACAGCUGGUUCACGGCGCCCGCCGUAUACCUCUCGUGCGGCGACGGCAGCGGCGGCAACCGCACGGAGCUGCCCGGGGUGAACGCGACCAUGCGAUGGUUCAACUUCACGGGCAAUGAGUCGUGGCAGCCGGUAGCCAAGCUUCACAGGGAGGAGUGCACGGAGUGUGGGCUGUACGAGCACGAGUGGUUGGGAGAUGCCAUCUACGACACGUGGACCGUGUGUGCCGCCAACUUCAGCAGCCGGGAUGAGCGCGGCAUCUUCACGCACGUCGUGCCCUCGCGCUUCCAUGUCAACCUCGCGUGCUACGAGUGCAACCACGCGCAGUUCCAGCGCAGCUCGGCCUAUGGCCACAGCGCGGCAGAGGGCGGGGCGGGGAGCAUGAGUGUGUUUCUGUGGAUGGGGCUGGCGGUGGCGGGUGCAGGGCUGAUGAUUCUGCUCAUUGCGGCCAUUGUGUAUCUCGUCACCGAGGCCGAUGAGCUCCUGGAUGAGAGCGAGAAGACUCGCUUCAUUGAGAUGGCCGAGGAUGGGCAUGGGGAUGGGCAUGGGGAUGGGGAACUAGCCAAGGCAAACCCCAAUUCCUCCCUCCCUCCCUCCUUACCUUCCCUCCCUUCUAACUUUCCAGCUGCUCCUCUCCCCACCCCAUCCCUUCCUUUCCAGCACUUCUUCCCUUCUCUUUCGUUUCCACCACCUCCUCUCGUUCACCACACCCCUCCAUCCUUCCCCCCACCCAGCAUGCGCUGCAGGCAGAACUGCUCCCCCUGCCCUCCUGCUGCCAACGCUACAGACCCGUGA